AUGAUCCGUUCCUUUUUCCUCACCGCUUUGUUGUUCCUUCUUGGUACCAGUCAUCACUACGUCAAAGCCAAUGAUUAUGCAGAGAUCUUGAGUGCUGUUGGAGAGUGCUUCAGUGACGAAAGUGCCGACGUCACUACAACCCUGACUUGCCUCAGCGCCUACACCGAGUGCUUUGACGAGACCUCUGUCACUGAGGUCCAGACUUGUGUCCAAGAUGCUAACGCCACUGCUACCUCUACUGGUACCGAUAUCACUGCUGCUGACGUCCAAGGUUGCAUUGAUUCCUACGUUGCUUGCAUUACCACCGAGUAUCAAGAAAUCAUUGACAGUCUACCAGCCUGCAUGAACACAACCAUCACCGAUCUUGGCAACUGCUACAUUGACAACGCAGACACUUGCAACUCUACCUGUUCCGAAUCUGAUUUACCCGCCACGAACCCCUAUGCUUCCGCAUCUGCCACCUCCAUCCUCGUUUGUCAGGCCUUUCAGAGCGACAUUAUGGAUCCAACCUGUGAGGUUGUCGACUGUUGCCAACCUUGCAUUGAUGAGUUUGAAACCUUUAUGAACUGCAUCGCCCAAGAUGCCUUGAGCUUGCAGACAGCUCCUCCUCAGUCUGGAGAUUGUGUUGUCUCUUGCUCCUCCUCCUCGUCUCGUCGUUUGGAGCUCGUUGCCUCCAUCAAAGAGCAAACAAUGCAGCAUGACAAUCGCAUGUUGGCUGGCCAUACCGCAGAAAAACUGAAGGCCGAAGAGAUUUACGGGUUGUGUGCCAAGCUCUUGGAGACCGCAUCAGUGGCAGCCAGCAAUGGUGGUGGAGGUAACACACCUCCAGCAAUCCCUGUAGAGCUAGCACAAAAUCUCGUUGAAGGGCUUUUCCAAAAGUGCGUUGUGGAAAAGCUGGAUCAGUUGAUGGACGAAUACGCAACCGAAUCCUCUGAGAGUUCCACUAGUGGUGCAUUUUCGAAUGUCUUGAGCUUUAGCUACGGCAGUGUUGUAACACUUGUUGUUGCGUUGGGAAGCUUUCUAGUUUAA